CGUGGCUUCCCGCCUACCCGUGCGCCCAGCCCAGCGAGCGCCCCCGCGACCUCGACGACAGCGUCGGCCAGGGACCCCAGCGCCCGCAGUUGACCCUUAAAUAAAACAAAAAUCUAUCCAGUAAAAGGGCUUUCAUGAAGAAAUUAAAGAGAGAAAUUACAAGUAAUAGAGAAACAAGGCAUUUUUAUAACUGGAAAAACCACCUAAAACAACUGUAUGGAGUAAGACGAAAGGAGUGAUUACACCGGGAAGAAAUUUUACUUAGUGUGAUAUUUUUGCCUACUUUUUUGUCAUAAAAGGCUGCUAAGGAAGAGAGGAUAUAGUUUUCUAGAGAAAGAAAGAGUGUAAUAUAAAAAUGGAGAUCACAGUUCCUGAAAUACAAGUAGAAAGCAAGGAUGAGAAGAGAUCAGCAGAAGUUAGUCCUCAGAAUGAGAGGCAGGAGGAAAAAGCAUCGACGCUUUGCUUCAAGAGAAGAAAGAAAGCAGCCAAAGCAAUGAAGCCCAAAGCUGGCUCUGAAGCUGCUGAUGCAGCAAGGAAGUGUCCCCCAGAAGCAGGAGCUUCUGAUCAGCCAGAGCCCCCCAGGGGGGCCUGGGCCUCCAUCAAACGCCUUGUAACGCGCAGCAAAAGGUCAGAUUCUUCAAAGCAGCAAAAGCCCUUUGAGGCCAAAGUGCAACCUGAAAUCAGUGCUGAGGAUGAUAAUUCUAAAAAAAAGGCAAAAUCCAGACUCAAGAUUCCCUGUAUAAAAUUCUCAAAAGGGGAGAAAAGAAGUAAUCAUUCCAAAAUUAUAGAAGACUCAGACUGCAGUAUCAAAGUCCAACAAGAGACUGGAAGUUUGGAUACAAAAACUCUCACCCAAUCAGAUGACCAGGCAGCAAAGACCAAGUCGAAGCAGGACGUAAGGGAAGAUGUCUCACAGAAAGGGAGUGAUGAGGUCUGUGAAUCAAAUGUGAACAACAGCAUAACUUCUCCUGGAGAGAAAGUGAUUUCAGUAGAACUUGAGUUAGAUACAGGGCAUUCUGCUAUUCAAACAGGAACUCUAAUCCUUGAAAAAGAUAUUGAAACGCUUGAGGAAAAACAAAGCAUUCAACCUCAGCAAGCAAGCCCACUGGAAACUUCAGACACAGAACACGAGCUCCCAGUGGUUUCUGAUGUUGCUCCCUCACCUUCAGUCCCAGAUCAACAAAUUCUGGAAGAAGCCAGAAACAGUAUCCUAGAAAGUGGACCAGACUGGAGAGACCGUGAAAGUAAAGAGACUGUUGCUGAGGAGAGUAAGCCGAAAGAUACUGAACUGAGCCAGGAAUCAGAUUUUCAAGUAAAUGAAAUCACUGCAGAAAAACCCAAACCAGAAGAAAGCAAAAGAAUGGAGCCAAUUGCUAUUAUUAUCACAGACACUGAAAUCAGUGAAUUUGAUGUUAAGAAAUCUAAAAAUGUCCCUAAGCAAUUCUUAAUUUCAAUCGAAAAUGAGCAAGUGGGAGUUUUUGCUAAUGAUAGUGGUUUUGAGAGUAGAACUUCAGAACAAUAUGAAACACUCUUAAUAGAAACAGCUUCUUCUCUUGUCAAGAAUGCUAUCCAGUUAUCUAUAGAACAGCUGGUUAAUGAAAUGGCCUCUGAUGAUAAUGCAAAAAGCAAUCUUCUACAGUGACUUAAUUUCCACAUUAUGGGAGGGAGAAAAUGCUUAAUGGUAAAUUAUUUUACAUAUUUGUGGCAUUUCUUAUUCAGUAACAAAUGAGAGAUUUAACAUCUGUAGAAUUUAAAGGUACAAUUCCAACCCAGAAGUGCUAAAGAAUUAAGUUAUAAAACCCUCCCUUAUCACUGAAAUGUAGCCACUUCUGGAUUGGAGGAAGUCAGUACAGAUUGCAAUGAAAAGUAAUAUCCAGGAAAUUGCUAAAAUGGUUUGUGGAGAUUAGACUGCCUGGGAGAAGCAAGAUGUAUUUAUUGAGCACUUGCAGUAUGCCAUAAGCUCUUUAAUGUCCUCUGAUGUCACAAAGCCUGGUUUCCUUUUAAAAGUUCAACACUGUGUAUAG